AGGGGCGGGUGUUGGGCGCUGAGGCGCGAGAGGAGGGGAUGGGCGGGGCGCGCGGCCGUUAGCGCGCGGCCGUUAGCGGUCGGUUUCUACUAACGGUAGGCGUCGCCUCGAUUCCCGAGGGUCAUAGUCCGCGUGACCCGCCUCCGUUUGCGCGCUCGCAGUCUUCGCCGGCGCAGUCACCGCGCAGGGCGGCCGCCCGGAGGUAGCUACCACGGCCUGUGUCAACGACUAAAGCUCCAGUACAGCGGCGCCCUCAGAGACAGCUGGGAGGGUGGCUCUGGCCGGGAGCGGCGGCCGGUGAGCUACCGCGAGGAGGAGCGGCGGAGGCGACCUCGGCCCGGCCCUGCACUGGCCGCCCGGCAGGCGCGACAUGAGCCUGGUCUGGCAUCCGCGGGAUGCUCCUUAAGCCCCUUCUCCGGCUGUUAACCUCCUGGGAACGGUUGUGACCACACCGACACGUAUUUUACAGAUAAAUCAUUCUUGCGGCGGCGGGUGGAACACGUUUAUUUGUUUUUUAUUUUCUCAACAAGCUUUUACCCAGCACCUGUCCAGUGAAACAACUUGAUAAUCGUUUCGAGGGGCGUCCGCCGGGUUAGGAGGCCACUGCCUGGCAGCUUGUGGAAGCCUCAUUUGCAACGCCACCCCUCAGAUGUUUUGAAGAUCGUGACGUCUUGUAACUAGCAGUGUGUGCACAGAAUCCUACUCAAGGAACGUCUUGGCCCAGCGAUGCAAAGAACUGAAGUUUCAAGGUUUUAUGUCUAUUGCUGGAUGGUCGGGGUAGCCCCAGUAACUGGGAACUGCUCCGCAGUCCGCUCACGUGGACCCCUGUGGGAAUAGCAAGCUGGAAGAGCCUGUAUUGUCCUCACAAUAGUAUAGAAGAAUUCAAGAGAGGAGAGAGAGACAGCACCGAAUGAAGACUGUAAAAGAAAAGAAGGAAUGCCAAAGAUUGAGAAAAUCUGCCAAGACUAGGAGGGUAACCCAGAGGAAACUGUCUUCAGGGCCUGUUUGCUGGCUAUGCCUUCGAGAACCUGGGGAUCCCGAAAAAUUAGGGGAAUUUCUUCAGAAAGAAAAUAUCAGCGUGCAUUAUUUCUGUCUUAUCUUAUCUAGUAAGCUGCCUCAGAGGGGCCAGUCCAACAGAGGUUUCCAUGGAUUCCUGCCUGAAGACAUCAAAAAGGAGGCAGCCCGGGCUUCUAGGAAGAUCUGCUUUGUGUGCAAGAAAAAGGGAGCUGCUAUCAACUGCCAGAAGGAUCAGUGCCUCAGAAACUUCCAUCUGCCUUGUGGCCAAGAAAGGGGUUGCCUUUCACAAUUUUUUGGAGAGUACAAAUCAUUUUGUGACAAACAUCGCCCAACACAGAACAUCCAACAUGGGAAUGUGGGGGAGGAAAGCUGCAUCUUAUGUUGUGAAGACUUAUCCCAACAGAGUGUUGAGAACAUCCAGAGCCCGUGUUGUAGUCAAGCCAUCUACCACCGCAAGUGCAUACAGAAAUAUGCCCACACAUCAGCAAAGCAUUUCUUCAAAUGUCCACAGUGUAACAAUCGAAAAGAGUUUCCUCAAGAAAUGCUGAGAAUGGGAAUUCAUAUUCCAGACAGAGAUGCUGCCUGGGAACUCGAGCCAGGGGCUUUCUCAGACUUAUAUCAGCGCUAUCAGCACUGUGAUGCCCCCAUCUGUCUGUAUGAACAAGGCAGAGACAGCUUUGAGGAUGAAGGGAGGUGGUGCCUCAUUCUGUGUGCUACAUGCGGAUCCCACGGAACCCACAGGGACUGCUCCUCUCUUAGAUCUAACAGUAAGAAAUGGGAGUGUGAGGAGUGUUCACCUGCUGCAGCCACAGACUACAUACCUGAAAACUCAGGGGACAUCCCUUGCUGCAGCAGCACCUUCCACCCUGAGGAACAUUUCUGCAGAGACAACACCUUGGAAGAGAAUCCGGGCCUUUCUUGGACUGAUUGGCCAGAACCUUCCUUAUUAGAAAAGCCAGAGUCCUCUCGUGGCAGGAGGAGCUACUCCUGGAGGUCCAAGGGUGUCAGAAUCACUAACAGCUGCAAAAAAUCCAAGUAACACCUUCUGAGUAGCUGCUGUCCCACACAAUAGGGUAUGAAGCUGCGCUCCUCCAUCGGGUUUGGGGAGGGAGCACUCUGGGACUGUGAGACAAGGAAGCAGGGCCAGCAGUGAGACUAUGAGCCAAGCAAAGAGAAGUCUCAGUGGAGCACGAGGAGGGAGCAGUCCAGAUGCCAACAAGGAAAUGCGUUUAUGGCUACAAGAGUGCCUCUGCUUUCUCCUCCUCUCCUCCCACCAAGGAUUCUUCCACCUUAAUCUUGUUUUCAUAUGCCUCUUCUUACUUCACCCAUGUUUGUUGUUAUGCAAAUAAAGGUUUUCUCUCCGUU